AUGGAAGAUAUGAAAUUUCUCAACACAAGCAUUGGCAGCAGCGAUUUUAUAAAAGGUGUUGGACUUAAAGACAUAUCUAGCGUCUUCGGAGUUCAGCGGAAGUGCAACGUGACAGUAAGAAGCAUCAGGGAUGGCCAAGCGUUUCCAUCACGGACACCCACUGGGUGGGUACUGAUGGAACCUGGCCACGGUGAAGGAAGAAUACACGUGCCUCAGGCGGUCCAAGAUGGUCAUGCUGAAGUCGUGAAGGCUAGAGCUGACCCCGCUGUGGGCGAAGAAAGCUGUAUGACUGAGAAAAAAGUGAGAAAAGGCAAAUGCAGAAGUUUGAGAAACAAAGACUAUAAAAAUGAGGAAUCUUCAAAAGCGAUAAGGCCCCUCAGUCUCAAUACCCACAUUUCCAGUACUCAAAAGUCUCCUGUAGCUAAUGAUCGCUUUGUUGAACAGUAUCAGAUACAGAAUAUUUCCCUCAAUCCAGAAAGAUUUAGUUCAAGCCUGCAGCUACCUGCUGUACCUGCCUGGAACCGGCGGGGCGCAGCGGCUCAGGCCAGGAACCCCAGAGGACGCCCAGGUGUCUCAGGCCCUUCUUCUGCCAGGCCAAGCCAGCGCAGCCCUUGGGCCCAGACACAUGUCUCCCUGCGUCCACCUUUCCUUGGGCCUCCGCCUCCGCUGUGCUUCCUGGGACAGAAACAGAGGCGUCUUCCCUUCCUCCCUGGCUCAGCUAGCCCAAUCCCCUGCUCAAGGCGAAGCCAUUCCCUCACACGCACCUGUCCCCACCUGCAUCUGCAUCUGUUGCAACCUCAGCACCCCUGGGCGCUCAGUGCCGGGGUGAGGUGCUGGCCAGGGGCGCCCGGGGACGCACGCCUGGCAGGACCCCGCCCCGCGGUCUCCAGGGCCAGAGGCGAGGGCGGCGGGCGAGGCUGGAGCUCCGGCAGCUGGUGGCGGGAACGCGGCGAUCCCAAGUCCCCAGGAUCCCUGCACCCUGCGCCUCCCUCCCUGAGGCCACAGCGCCGGGAUUUUUGUCUAUAUAAGGGCUCGCCGGCGGACGCCGCUGGCUCCCGGCUGCACGUCUCGGGCCCACGCGUACGGUCCCUCGGGCCUUCCUCCCGCGUCCUCCCCGGGAGCACUACCUUUACCUGGCUCUCGCACCCGAUGGGCACCGCCGCUCUCGGGUCCCCCCGCCCGGUGGCAGCCGCUUCGCCUCGCUGUCGCCCGGGCAGUGGAAACACGCUGGCAGCGGAGCUGUAGGCAUCCAGCCUAACCAGCAGUGACGAACUUUUCCUGGAAAUGAAAGCUGGCCAAAUUCCCCAUGGGAGAAAGGUGUGGAAGAUUAUGCCCCAGAUCAAAACCUUAGUUAUUUGGCAAUGAAUAAUUCUAAAUAUAACAAUAAUGACAAUAACAUCAUCAUCAUCAUCAUCAUCAUCAUCAUCAUCAUCAUGACAGUAAUUCCCCCAGUCUUGGCUAUGUUUCUUCCCCUAACAUACCCUCCUUGGGGAAGCUAGAAAGAGGAAGACACACAAAGGUUUAACCACCAUCAAAGACUGGCUUUAAUUUUUUUAAGCAGACUUUUUACUUGGAGUAAAACUAUGUAAGAGAAUAAA